AUGGGGAAUGCUGGGACAUCCGCCCCAACUGUCGCCAACAUGGCGCCCGGCGCGCUGCUCAAUCUUCGCCGAAAUAUAGCAGGAAGUGUGCCUGUCUGUUGUAGAGUAUCCUCAUCAAAAUUCAGCACUGCUCAGAAUCUCAAAGCAUUUGGAUUUCAGCUGAUAAAAUGUAUCUUCCGCCAACAUGCCUCCUACCGAGUUGUCCAUCCAGCUGUUGUUGGACCAUCCUACCCUGUACCCAAGCACAUAAAGAAACCAGACUAUGUGACGACAGGCAUUAUACCAGACUGGGGAGACUACAUCGAAAUUAAAGAUGAAGAUCAGAUUCAGGGUCUUCGACAAGCCUGUCAACUGGCUCGCCAGAUCCUCCUUUUUGCUGGAAGGAGUUUAAAGGCUGGCAUGACAACUGAGCAAUUGGAUUACAUUGUUCAUAAUGAAACUAUCAAAAAUAAUGCAUACCCUUCACCAUUGGGUUAUGGAGGUUUCCCAAAGUCCGUUUGCACCUCUGUGAACAAUGUGGUAUGUCAUGGCAUACCUGACAGCCGACCUCUUCAGGAUGGAGAUAUUAUCAAUAUUGAUGUUACAGUGUAUUUUAAUGGAUACCAUGGUGAUACUUCUGAAACAUUUUUGAUUGGAAAUGUGGAUAAAUCUGGGCAAAAGCUCGUGGAGACGGCCAGAAGAUGCAGAAAUGAAGCAAUUGCUGUUUGUAGGCCUGGAGCGCCGCUGAAUGUAAUUGGAAACACAAUCAGCGAGAUAGCGCAUUCCAGUGGAUUGCAAGUUUGUCCUUAUUUCAUUGGCCAUGGGAUAGGCUCGUAUUUUCAUGGACAUCCUGAAAUUUGGCAUCAUGCAAAUACAAAUGAUCUGCUGAUGGAAGAGGGAAUGACAUUUACUAUUGAGCCAAUUUUGAUGGAAGGAUCUCCAGAAUUUAGAAUCCUACAAGAUGGGUGGACUGCUGUCUCUACCGAUAAUCUGAGGUCAGCACAGUUUGAGCACACUGUAGUAAUAACCUCAGAAGGAGCAGAAAUUCUAACCGAAUUGCCGCAGGAAGAUCAGAGUUAAACAGGAGAAACGGAUUGAUGCAUCCAAUGCAAUAAAAGGACUUUCUUUGGAGAGCGUUUCAAGGCCGCACUGGUGGUAACACCGCCGAAGAUCAUUGAAACCAGGUCGAAUUUCACUAUAUUGGAAAUUUCCCGCGCUUUGACUUUUUAUCUAUAAGCAUGGUUCUUGAAAUGUAAAGAUUACUGCUUUUUAAAAUAUAUUUGAACAUGAUAAUCCAGUUAACGCUGCCUUAAACGUCGUUGAACCCAAAUCUGCAUCUAGUCAAGAUAACGGUAAUGUUUCACGGAGCUUCCAAAACCUUUGAAAAGGAUGUUAAUCUAAAUUAUCUGGUAGUAGGAAUACUCCGGUAUAUAAAAAGAAACUUCUUAUUGACGUUUGAAUUCGAUAAUUAUUUCAAAGAGAAAGUCGAACUUCUGUAUGCGCUGAAAUAAAGAAUUGAGUUCAUUUUGCUUUUA